UCCUUGUUCUUGGUCUUGGUAAAGGUCUGCUUCCACUAAAACUUCAAUUCGAACCGCACGACACGUACACCAAGCGACAAGUAAACACAUAUUUUCCUUCCCCUCUCUCUCUACGUAGAUAUAUCUAUAUAUGAACAAACCUCAAGCAGACGUCGGAACCUCCAAAACCGCGAGAAUACAAGUCGAAUCUAGGCCAUAUAUUCUCCGCCCACUCCUUUCUCUCUCUCUCUCCCUCUCUACUUAUUCACAUUACUUCUUCUCCCGCAAAUUGCAGAGAAUUGGGAAAAAUGAGGCUUCUGAAGGUAGCCACCUGCAACUUGAAUCAAUGGGCAAUGGAUUUCGAUUGCAAUAUGAAGAACAUUAAGGAAUCCAUUUCUAGGGCUAAAGAAGCCGGCGCCGUCAUCCGCCUUGGUCCCGAGCUUGAAAUCACCGGCUAUGGCUGCGAAGACCAUUUCCUGGAACUCGACACCGUCAAUCAUGCGUGGGAUUGCUUAAAAGAAUUAUUAGUAGACGACUGGACUGAUGGCAUAUUAUGUAGUUUUGGUAUGCCUGUCAUCAAAGGGUCAGAGCGUUACAAUUGUCAAGUGCUAUGUUUGAAUAGAAAAAUAGUGAUGAUACGCCCAAAGAUGUGGCUGGCCAAUGAUGGAAACUACAGGGAGCUGAGAUGGUUUACGGCAUGGAAAGAAAAAGGGCCUCUGGAAGACUUUCUGCUUCCAAGCGAUAUAUCUGAGGCUCUAUUGCAAACAACAGUCCCUUUUGGUUAUGGAUAUAUUCAGUUUCUAGACGUAGCCAUUGCAGCUGAAGUUUGCGAGGAACUUUUUAGUCCUAUGCCCCCUCAUGCUGAGCUUGCAUUGAAUGGCGUUGAAGUAUUUCUGAAUGCUAGUGGAAGUCAUCAUCAAUUGCGCAAACUUGAUCUUCGCCUCCGUGCUUUUAUUGGUGCUACGCAUACCCGUGGAGGAGUUUACAUGUACAGUAAUCACCAAGGGUGUGAUGGUAGCCGCCUUUAUUAUGAUGGAUGUUCCUGCAUUGUUGUGAAUGGUGAUGUGGUUGCCCAAGGCUCACAAUUCUCCUUGAAGGAUGUGGAAAUGGUGGUUGCUCAAAUAGAUCUAGAUGCAGUUGCCAGCCUUAGGGGAUCUAUUAGUAGCUUUCAGGAACAAGCCAGUUGCAAACCGAAAGUUCCCUCCAUUGAAGUACCUUAUAGACUUUGCGAGUCUUUUACUCUCCAAAUGCUGCUUUCAAGUCCUCUUAAGAUUCAAUAUCAUUCUCCUGAAGAAGAAAUAGCUUUUGGCCCAGGCUGUUGGCUGUGGGAUUAUUUGAGAAGAAGUGGUGCAUCUGGUUUUUUACUUCCACUUUCAGGUGGAGCAGAUAGCUCCUCUGUUGCUGCUAUAGUUGGUUGCAUGUGCCAGCUAGUAGUAAAAGCAAUAUCAGAGGGGGAUGAACAGGUCAAAGCUGAUGCCAUAAGGAUUGGCCAUUACAGUGAUGGACAAUUUCCAACAGACAGCCAAGAGUUUGCAAAACGUAUAUUCUACACUGUAUUCAUGGGAUCUGAAAAUAGUUCUAAUGCCACAAGAACGAGGGCAAAGGUGCUUGCAGAAGAAAUUGGGUCAUGGCAUCUUGAUGUCUCAAUAGAUGGAGUGGUUUCUGCUCUGCUCUCUUUGUUUCAGAGACUUACUGGAAAACAACCACGUUACAAGGUCGAUGGGGGCUCUAAUAUUGAAAAUUUAGGAUUGCAAAACAUUCAGGCUCGAACCAGAAUGGUCUUAGCAUUUAUGCUAGCAUCACUCUUGCCGUGGGUUCAUAACAAACCUGGUUUUUAUCUGGUAUUAGGGAGCUCCAACGUUGAUGAAGGACUGCGCGGUUACUUAACAAAGUAUGAUUGCAGUUCUGCUGAUAUAAAUCCCAUUGGAAGCAUCAGCAAGCAAGAUUUGCGAAGAUUUUUAAGAUGGGCUGCCGUCCAUCUGGGUUUCUCUUCUUUGGAAGAAAUUGAAUCUGCUCCACCCACUGCCGAAUUGGAGCCAAUACGAUCCAAUUACAGCCAGCUGGACGAAGUGGAUAUGGGAAUGACAUAUGAAGAACUCUCAGUAUAUGGAAGGCUGCGAAAAAUCUUUCGCUGUGGACCCGUAUCCAUGUUUAAGAAUCUCUGCUACAAAUGGGGAACAAAGUUAACUCCAGCAGAGGUUGCUGAGAAAGUGAAAUAUUUCUUCAAAUACUAUUCUAUUAAUAGACAUAAGAUGACGGUUCUAACUCCCUCGUAUCAUGCAGAGUGCAGAGUUACUCACCAGAGGAUAAUAGGUUUGAUCUACGCCAAUUCCUAUACAAUGCAAGGUGGCCAUAUCAAUUUCGGAAGAUAGAUGAACUUGUGAAGCAGUUGGAUGGUGAUAGAGUGGCUAUUGUGAACGAAACCACGGGGGUCAGAUCAGAUGGCGGGAUGGGCGUCGUAGCUGCGGGUUCAGGCAAUCCAAGUGUUGGCUUAUAAAGUUUGCCAUAGCCUGGUAGUCGAUACUCUCCCACCAUGAUACUGGGUUUUAUUCAUGUAUUUUAGGUCUUUGUAUAUUAGAUGGUGAUAUAGUGAUGUCAAUUGCCAUUGAAGUACGAUCAGAUAAUUUCCCAAAUGUUGAUGACUGACUGUUGACCUGGUACGGGUUUGUGAAUAGAAAACAGGAAAUAUGAGGAGUCAUAAUUCUUGAAGGAAUAAACACUUGUUAUAAUAGAAUUGCGUCUGUGCUGGCAGUGCUGCGUAUUCGUGAAAUAUUGUUUUAUGUUUGAUUA